AUGCGGUUCUUUCUUGCGGCGCUGGGCUUGCUGUCUUCCACGCUAGUCGCGGCCCAAACUUAUACCGAUUGCAAUCCGACAGAGAAAUCAUGUCCCGCUGAUCCUGCAUUUAGCCAAUCUGAUAAGACGUUCGAUUUCACAAGCGGCGCAGCUGAUGCUUUCAAGUCAACUGGGGCCGUCACAUUUGACCAAACGAAUGGUGCAACCUUCACUAUUGCCAAGCAGGGUGAUGGCCCGCUGAUUCAGUCCGGCUGGUACAUCAUGUUCGGCCGCGUGGAAUGCACUAUCAAGGCAGCACCAGGGACGGGAAUCGUGAGCAGUGCAGUUCUGCAGUCCGAUGAUUUAGACGAGAUUGACUGGGAAUGGCUGGGCGGAAACAACGCCCAAGUACAGACCAAUUACUUCGGCAAAGGAGACACAAGUUCAUUCAGCCGUGGCGCCUACCAUGAAAAUCCCGGAAACCAUGACGACUUCCACACUUACUCCAUCGACUGGACCAGCAGCCAAAUUGUGUGGGCAGUUGAUGGCAAGACUGUUCGUGUUCUCACUCCCGAGACGGCAGAGACCAACCAAUACCCACAGAGCCCGAUGAUGGUCAAGGUCGGUGUGUGGGCCGGCGGUGAUGCGAACAAUGCCAAGGGCACUAUUGACUGGGCUGGUGGUCAAACAGACUAUAGCCAAGGUCCUUUCAAGAUGUACAUGAAGUCAAUGACGGUGACUGAUUACUCCACCGGAACUUCGUACAGAUAUGGUGAUAGAAGUGGCUCAUGGCAGUCAAUCGUCGCAGAAGGAGGCAAAGUCAAUGGCAACAAAGACGCCGAGCCCACCUCGACCGAGUCCGCACCUCAGAUUACUGCAACCAUCGACAGCGUCCCGGUUCCCUGGAGCGGAACGCACAAAGAAACCUCAAGCUGGGUCACCCCGAAUGUCUGGCCCUGGGUAGCAUCCGGCUCUCCUACGGCCUUGUCGACAGGAUACCAGUAUGACUGGGAGUCUAACUCUGGCCAGAACAAGCCACCAGGUGGAGGCUCAAUGAGUGAGCAGUCCCCCGAAUCCUUCAAUUAG